CGAUGUUAUUGAAUACAUCUUUAAUAAGCUAGAUUAUUAUCGGGAUUAUUGCAGCUGAUUUUCGAUAAGUGGUUUUAUUUUCUUUCAUACUUAGCAGUAUCAGUUCAUAACCUGUCAAAAAGAACGUUAUUUUUGAGUGAUUCGACUGGGUGAAGAAACCUGUCUAAUCAAAAUGGAGGCAGUGGCACUACACACUUUCGCAGUUGUUUGUAUGCCUAAUUUGUUGCUACCAGAUUGUAACGACGAUGAAUUACCAUUUCAAAAGGGAUCUAUACUAAAGAUCCUGAGCAUGACAGAUGACAAGAAUUGGUACAAGGCAGAACAGUUUGGCAGAGAAGGUUUUGUUCCAAAAAACUACAUUCAAAUGAAGCCUCACUCGUGGUACUAUGGUAAGAUUAAACGCCUUGAGGCAGAACAACUGCUACUUGCGCAACCACACGAUGGAGCGUUCCUGAUUAGAGACAGUGAGAGCACUGCCGGUGACUUUAGUCUCAGUGUUAAAUUUCAUGAUCAGGUUCAACAUUUUAAAGUGCUUCGAGAUGGCGCCGGGAAAUACUACCUAUGGGUGGUGAAGUUUAACUCAUUGAAUCAGCUAGUUGAGUAUCAUAGGGCCGCCUCUGUCAGUCGUGCACAGACAAUUUACCUAAAGGACAUGACCAACACCUAUAAAGUGGGUCGUGCACUGUUUGAUUUUGUUGCCCAAGAAGAAAACGAACUGGAAUUUCAACGUGGAGAUCUGAUAGAGGUAACAGACACGAGUGAUCAAUAUUGGUGGAUCGGUCGAUCUGCAAUAACCGGAAUGGAAGGAAUGUUCCCAGCAAAUUACAUCCAAGUCAUCGCGACGUCAUGAUUUAAUAAAACUAUAAGAUAUAAUGGGACCAGUUAUUUAGACUAGACAUUGAUAUUAGUAAGAGUACUGCUCACAGAGUGAUGAAGAAAGACCUUUGGAUGUCAA